AAAACCCUGGCGAGAAGAUCUUGCAGGUCCCAAUUGAACCUUCCCAAAAUCCCUUCUUGUUCAUCUUAUUCACGCAACCAUCUGUGCAGUGCUUAAUUAUAGAAUCAAGCAGUAUGAUUUCUGGAUGUGGCUGUGUGCCUAACAAAUCCCCCUUUUUGUUUCAGACGUCUCUUGCAGGUUCAUUCCCAACAUCAGUAUGGCAAGCGAAAACCAGGUUGAAUACCAUUAAAAGGACUCCUUUAUUUCCUUGUGUAAAGUGUGAAAAGACGGAUAAGGAUGAUCCUUCUUCUGAGAAACCAUCUGAGGAGUCUUUUCAGAAAAUAUUACCUGAGCAGACCCCAUAUUAUACUUACGUGGAUUCACUAACUGGGAGACCUCACCCAGCUUCUGGUGGUCGUACAAAUAUUAUAGGGCAGGAUUAUGCGCCAGAGGGCAUGGUUGGUCAAGUGAGGGCUGCUGGUAUCCCUGCACCAACUGGUACAUCGUCUGGGGCACCAUCUUCUGGGCAAAAUCCUGGAAACAGAAGGAAAAUGCACAGGGCCUCGGUUUCUGCUUCGGAGUCUGCUGAAGUAAAUACACCUAUAAAUCAAGAAUCGGAGGAUGAAACUUUGUAUGAGAUAUUAGAAGAUUCAAAAAAUGACCUUUCUGAUUUUGUGGUAUAUGAGACAGAACCUGCAAAAGAGGAGUUAACCAAGUAUGAACUUGACAAGAAGCUUGGACACCCUCAUCACUUUAUUGAUCCACAAGCAAGGAAGCCAAUAGAGAAGCCCCUUACAAGUGAAGAGUUAUGGUGGAACUGGAGGAAACCAGACAAGGAACAAUGGUCCAGGUGGCAGAGGAGGCGUCCUGAUGUUGAAACGGUGUUUCUGAAGGCCAUGGCAGAGACUGGCCAAAUCAAGCUCUAUGGUGACCAUCCAACCAUGACAGAAACUGCUCUCUACAGAGCUAGGAGGCAUUUAUAUAAAGAAGAAAGGCUGGAGGCAGAACGUGAAAGACUGGAAAGAGAUGGCCCGAUAGCAUACUAUUCGGAAUGGGUUGAAGCAUGGAAGAGAGACACAUCACGUGAAGCUGUUCAGAAACAUUUUGAGGAGACUGGUGAAGAUGAGGUCACCCAACUCAUAGAAAUGUUCACAUAUCAAACUGAUCGUGAAUAUCGCAUAAUGAUGGGUACCGAUAAUCGUAUUUCUAGGGAUCCCUUGGCUAUGCGAAUGCGGGAGGAUCAGAUAAAGCAAAUAUGGGGUGGAGAUCCGGUUUACCCAACAGUGAACUACAUUCAAGAUCCAGAUCAAGUGAUUGAUUUCCGUGGUCCUGAUUUUCACGAGCCUACACCCAAUGUUCUAUCUUAUUUGCAAGAGCAUGGCAAUAUAACAUCAAAGGAGGAAAUUGAUAAAAUUUUGGCGGCAGAGAAGGUUGAAAAAGUAAAGGUACAAACGCCAUUUUCUGACGAUGAGGCUAUGGCUAAAGCUGUUGACAUAGGUGAAAAAGAGGAUAAUGACAAUGAUGGUAUCCUCGAAGACGAAAAUAUCACACGCAAUUGGAGUGUUUUGAAAAGUACUCCUGAGCUUCGCAAAUCAAAGCCGAAACCUGCAAAAGAAGGUAAAGAAGGUAAAGGUAAGAUGUCUUUGGAGGAAGCUAUAGCUGAUUCUGAAAACUUGACGGACUUCCUGUUGGACUUCGAUCAAGAUAAGGAUAUUGGAAGCUAAUUUCACAAGAUAAAUUUCAUGGUCGGCUCAGAAUGCGAAGAUGUGGUGUCGAUAGACCAAAGAAGUUGGUUUUAUAUACAUUUUACCCACAGAAGACCUUCAAGUUUGUAGUUGGAGGAUGAGUUGUUCAUAUUUUGGUACCUGAUAAGUUGCUGCAAUCUCUGUAUCUGUUUUCUGUAGGAGCAAAUACCAUAAACGUAAAAAAAUGUGGAGCAGUAACUAGAGUUACCAUUGCUGGGAAAAAUGAUGUGCUCUUCAGACAUUUAUAUAUGCAGGCUUGCACCCUUCUAUCUCU